AUGGGCGAAAAAGUGUUGGUCACCGGUUGCAAUGGCUACAUUGCUCUCCAUGUUUUGGACAUUUUGUUGUCAGAAGGAUACCAUGUAAUUGGAACAGCGCGUUCGGAAGGUAAAGGCGACAAAGUCAAGAACUCUUUUGCCAAGUUAUACCCACCUGCCAAAUUGGAUGUUGAGGUGGUUACCGAUAUCAGCCAACCGGGAGCUUUUGACGCUGUUUUCAAGAAGUACCCAGAUUUGCAGCAUGUGGUGCACAUGGCUGCGAAUUUUUCGUUUGGGUCCGACCAGAGCAACGAAGAAACGUAUUUGAUACCCUCUACAGAAGGAACCAAGAGCAUUCUGAACACUGUGGUGCAAUUGGGUCCUAAGGUCAAGACCUUUGUGCAAACGUCAUCGUUUGCAGCAAUCAGAAACGAACACAACAAAACAAGUGUACACACCGAGGCCACUUGGAACCCAGUUACCUGGGAACAAGCCAGAACAACUUCGCUACAAUCGUACUGUGCAUCGAAGAAACUGGCUGAAAAACUGGGAUGGGACUUUGUGCAGCAGCACGCCUCGCAAGUCAAGUUCAAUUACACCGCAGUGUGCCCACCAUACGUUUUGGGCCCGCAGAUGUUUGGUUGGGGAUUGGACGGUGAAAAGCUGAAUACAUCUGCACAGAUUGUGAAUGAUGCGGUGAAUUCGACGCCAUCGUCUAAGGGUCCGUUCGAUAGCCCCUCCGCUCUCACUGCUGAUGUUCGCGAUGUGGCCUUAUUGCAUAUGCUUCCUUUGCGUAGCGAAAAGCUCGCUGGUCAGAGACUAAUCCCAGUAGCCGGUGCAAGCCUUGCAAAACCUAACUAUGAUGACGGCAGAUUCAAUCCACAGCGUAUCCUAGACGUUAUCAAUGCCAGGUUUCCCGAAUUAAAGGGCAAGAUCGCCGCUGGUAACAUUGAGGACAACAAAAAGGUACUGGACAAGUCUUACCACUACAACACGGACCUCACUUGUAAACUCACCGGCGUCGAGUUUAAGAGCUUUGAAACUACCGUCGUUGACUCUGUCAAGCAGAUUUUGGAGCACCGUCGCGACAAGAUAUAA